AACUUCUUCGUGUUUGUUCGUGUUUUCGACGUUCCUAUUCCAUCGAGUUCGUUACAAUUUACUAGUAUUUGAAAAGUCUGCGUAGUGUGGUGGUGCUGCUGCGAGUUGCCAUUUUUACACACUCUCUCUUGGAGAACCAGGAAACAACCAAUGUACGCUUCUUUUAACUAUGAUCAGCGCUGCAGGCACUCUGUGUAAAUGGAAGGAUAUGGAACGUCCAUCUUUACCAUCUUCUCUGGACUCAACAUUGCCUGGGAUAUCUCGAGAAGUGCUGUCGGUGUCCAUGGAACCGAAAUAUCAAUGCCAGCAGUGCAAAGAUAUUCUUAGGAAACCUUUCCAAGCACAAUGUGGACAUCGCUUCUGUGUGUUCUGUUUCAAACAACUGACCAGCUCAGGGCCCAUACCCUGCGAAGCCUGUCGUGCUGAGGGUAUAUUUGAAGAGGAAACGUCUGUGCUUAAUAUUGCAGUGGCAUUUCCUGAUAAUGCAGCACGAAGAGAAAUUGAUAGCUUGCCUGCUAAAUGCCCAAAUGAAGGUUGUAGUUGGUCUGGGACACUGAAGGACUUUGAGAAUCAACAUGAAGGUCGCUGUGCCUUUGAACGUGUGAAAUGUGAAGCAUGUCAAGUGCUUAUAUUGCUCUCUGAGAAGGACCGUCACAAUGAGCGGGAAUGUGAAGCCAGAACCCUCAACUGUAAAUACUGCAAAGUCACAUUCAACUUUAAGGAAAUUAAGGCCCAUGAUGAAAUUUGUCAGAAAUUUCCCAUGCAAUGCAAAGACUGUGGUAAAAAGAAAAUACCCAGAGAGAAGUUUCAAGAGCACACCAAAUCUUGUGCAAAAUCUAAGUCAGCAUGCCAGUUCAGAGAGAUUGGUUGCAGGGCAGUGGUUGACAAUUGCAAGCAACAGGAGCAUGAGCAGACCAGCAUAAUGGAGCAUUUGCGUCUGAUGUUAGCUUUGCUAUCCUCCAUGCGCCUGCGAGCAGAAGGGGCUGGAGAGUGGCAGGAAGACGUUGGGCUGGGAUUGUAUCGCGGACCUGAAGAUGCACCACCAGCAGGAGCUCAUAAUGUAGGAAGAGGAGGCGGUCCUGGUGUUCAGAAAAAAGUCACAACUUUGGAGAACAUAGUGUGUGUCUUGAAUAAAGAGGUGGAACGCUCUGCCCUCACCAUGGAGGCGAUAUCCCGGCAACAUCGCCUGGACCAGGAAAAAAUUGAGAAUUUGUCAAACAAGGUGCGACAGUUGGAACGGACGUUAACCACGCGAGAUCUGCAGUUAGCAGAAUCUGAGCAGUCUUUGCGGGAGCUGCAGUUUUGUACAUAUGAUGGGGUUUUCAUUUGGAAAAUUGCAGAAUUCUCUCGACGCAGGCAAGACGCAGUGGCAGGCCGAGCACCUGCCAUGUUCUCACCUGCAUUUUACUCCAGUAAAUAUGGGUAUAAGAUGUGUCUGAGACUGUACCUGAACGGUGAUGGCACAGGUCGAGGCUCUCAUCUCUCUCUGUUCUUUGUGGUCAUGAAAGGCAAAUAUGAUGCUCUGCUGAAGUGGCCCUUCAGCCAGAAGGUGACAUUGAUGCUGUUGGACCAAAAUAACAGAGAGCACAUCAUUGAUGCCUUCAGGCCUGACGUGAGCUCCACAUCUUUCCAGAGACCCAUCAGUGAGAUGAAUAUAGCCAGUGGCUGUCCUCUCUUCUGCCCCCUCGCCAAGCUGGCAGGCAAAAGCUCAUAUCUGAGAGACGACACCAUAUUUAUUAAAGCCAUAGUCGACCUUACUGGCUUAUAAGACCAAAUAGAUCACUCAUAAUAACAAUUUAUGAUAUUAUUGUGCUGCGGAAGACACAUAUUUGAAAUAUUACAUAAUAGAAAUAAUAAUAUAAAGGAUAAUAUCAUGGUUAUUAUGAUUUUUAUAAACAUUAUUUUUAUUAUUAUCAUAUUGAAAACAUUUAAGGUUCUAGAACUUAAUGUUUUAACUAUACUAGUAGAUUACUUGCAUUAUUAUAAUCCAAAGAUUUGCUUAUUAACAUUAGUUAAUACACAAGAACUAACAAGGAACAACCUUAUUUCAAUUAACUAACGUAAACACCGGUGAAUAAAUACAGCAAUGUAUUGUUCAUUGUUGGUUCAUGUUUGGUAAUAUAUUACAAGAAGGUUCCAAUAGUUCAUGUUAAACUGUUACCUUAAGUGUUAUUAUUAUUAUUAUUAUUUAUUAUAUGCAAAAUGAUAAUGUUGUAAAGAGACAUCCACACCAAUAAUUGCACUAUUGUGAUAUAAUUGAAUAUUUAAUAAACAAUAUAUAUUUAUAUACUUUAUGUAUACAUUGUAUUUAUAUUAUACCUACAAUAUAGAACUACUUCCAGUAGUUUAAGGCAGUACUAAAUUAUUAUACUGAGAUGCAGUUAGGAUUUUUAUUGCAUUGCUUAGAGCUAUGAUAUUUUGUUGAAAGAGCUGAGUAUAAAUAGUUUGCUAUAAAUGAGCACUCUGCUUUAAGUAACUAGACUGGUUUAAUAAUAGAGGGAUUGAUUUUACAUGAAUACUUAUUAAUUAGUGCUGUAAGCUGGUUGAAAUGGAUUGUUGUGAUGGUUUGUACGCUGCAUAAAGCUACAAUAUUAGUAGCAAAAAUAAAAUGCUGGACUAAAAGAUUGAUUUGAUUGCUCUGGCAUUUUAAAUGGUUUCACAGAAUAUAUUGCUGUAGAUGCUUAAUCAUCCAACCCUGGUGAAAGAGAGCUUAUUAUUACUACUAUCAUUUAUUCUUUGUAAAGUCGAUGCACACCUGUUUAAACUAGCAGGUGAAUGGGUUGUAUUGUAAAGGCUGCUCAGCUUUACUAAAGGAGCUGCUGCUUGGAUAUUAGUUGGCUUUUGCUCAUAGGUAAAAAAAAAAAAA